AUCUGAUUUCCCUCUCUGUUCCCUCUUUCUUUUUCGACCUCUCUUCUCUCUCUCUCUCACUGCUCCUGCUACUGUGACAACAUCGUUUGUCGUCCGGCUAUCUAUCCGUCCUUUGUCCGGCUGUCCGGCUGUCCGUCUGUAGCAACCUGUCGUCCUUCGUCUCUUGUACCAAUACUUCAGAUUUGCUGUUGCCAUUUAAGCAACAUUGCAUUUUAUUCUGGGGCAUUUAUUUAGGUUUCACCAUCUACGCAGUAUGGCUCUUAUGAGUGUUCCUGCCCUCCAAUUCAAGACUUGUGAUAUCUUUGGGAAUCACUCAAAAGCUUUUAAUUUUCUUCCUAUUCAAACUACCAAAUUUCAGAUGAUGACAUUGGUGGCAAAUCAAAGGGCAAAUACUCGAAAAGAAAGUGCAAAAACCAUAAACAUAAGAAGGCGAAAGAAGUUUAACGGCACAUCUACAAAACCAAGGCUGUCAGUUUUCUGUUCAACUAAGCAGUUAUACGCUAUGCUGGUAGAUGACCAAAACAAAAAGUGUUUAUUUUAUGGGAGCACUUUGCAGAAAUCUUUACGCGACAAUCCCCCUCGAAGCAAAAUGGUGAGUGCUCCAUCAAGAUUAGAAAAGCAGGCAAUGAGAGGAAGCUGCAGAAUGCCUUGGAGAAGAACUUGUUAAGGCUUGUGUAAAUCUUAAUAUUAAUGAAAUAUCAUCUUAUGAUUGCAAUGGUUAUCCUCGCGGAGAAAGAAUAGAAGCGUUUGAGAUUGCAAUUUCUCGGCAUGGUUUUUUACCAAGAUAGUUAUGUAACAAAUUCUGCAUAUAUAUAUUAUUCUUUCACCAAUA